AUGGGGGAACAACACGAAUUCGACCAGGAGGGACAUCCCACACAGAGCAGAGCAGUCCUUCCCGACACCUCAUCCGACGAACACGAAUCCGACCAGGAGGGACAUCCCACACCAAGCAGAGCAGUCCUUCCCGACACCUCAUCCGACGAACACGAAUCCGACCAGGAGGGACAUCCCACACCAAGCAGAGCAGUCCUUCCCGACACCUCAUCCGACGAAUUCCGAGCAGUGCACUCAGGGUACCUCUACCCCAUGCUGUGCCACAGGGCUGGGCCGUCAAUACGGGGUUCCCUCCACUUCUUGGCUCCAUGCAGUUCCGAGCAGUGCACUCAGGGUACCAGAGGUACCCCAUCCUGUGCCACAGGGCUGGUAGAGUGUGAAUUGACUCCAAACCUUACCCAAUCUGUGUCCAUUCCAGCCCGAAUCCGACCAGGAGGGACAUCCCACACCGAGCAGAGCAGUCCUUCCCGACACCUCAUCCGACGAACACGAAUCCGACCAGGAGGGACAUCCCACACAGAGCAGAGCACUCCUUCCCGACACCUCAUCCGACGAACACGAAUCCGACCAGGAGGGACAUCCCACACAGAGCAGAGCACUCCUUCCCGACACCUCAUCCGACGAAGUUGCUUCAUGCUCUUGGACCUGUGGCACCUCUUCCGGACCUCCAGCAGGAGCUUCUGCUUGGAUUGCCGAUGUGGAUCCCACCAGUAGUGACGUUGAAAACGACCCCACUUCUCACAGCUAUGAACAGGGCGAUCAGUCUUUUGACACUGACAUCCUCAGUGCAAAUGUGUGCAAGUGUGUAUCCACAACGAUUGCUGAUGUUAUGGUGCUGGCCCUUGCAUACGUCAGCCGACACCAGCCAACGAAACGUGCUUUGCUGGACCUGCUGGUCCUCAUUAACACAAUAUUUCAGAGCAACAUUCU